GACUUUUUUCAAAUUUCCAAUUUACACUAGAGAAACACUUUUGAAUUGGUUUUUCUCCGUUUUUUCCUCCCUCUUUCCACCAGGUCGGACCGCCUUCGAUUCGGGCCGCGAGAGGACGUGUUCAAAAAAUUGCAAAUAAGACACCGGGAAAAUGUACCGAUUUGGAUACGUGAACAGCCUGAGUAUGGCGGGUGGGGGCCGGCUAUACAUCUCGCUCGGCCCGCGCGACCUCGCUUGUUUUUGACCCGGCCUCCGUUGGACGAGAUGCCUCCGGGUGAGACCUCCCCGAGACGAGACCAUAUCGACCUUGGGCCUUCUGCGAGUGGCUGAGGAAGAUUUCUGAUAUGCUCGAAAAGAUCGCGAGGACGCGGCUCCUCGGCCAUCUACCAGUCGUCGAGAAAGCACGCACCCUCUGCCUAUUACGACCGUUGCGGAUGCAAACAUGCGACACGAUUCCGAUGAAGAGGUAUACAGUAUUGGACCCCGAGACGGCGAUGCCGACGCCGUCCGAAUCGUCCCAGAGCGGCGAAUUGUUCCAAGGAGGGAAUUGCGCCAGGAGGUCGAGAACCGAGGGGAGGGACUGCCUGAAGGUGAGGGUACUCUCGACCCGACCCAAAGACGAAUCUCCGAGGACGGUGAGGUCCUUCAAUUUCUUGAUUUGCCCCAGGAAGCCGUACCGCCGCGCUCCGAGCCCCAUUUACGAUUCGGUCCGCUUCAUCAGCUGCAAUCCGAGGACGUCAGCGAGCCAGAAGUACGAUAUCAUGAAUCACUACACGGUGAAAGGCCAGCCGAGAGCGGCGGCGCUCCCGUGUCCAGGGGUGCACGGACAGGGCUCAGGGUACCGGCGGAUCAACGAAGGCACAACGCCGGAGGUCAAAUGGGGCUGCGAUGAGUACAGGUCGGGCUGCACGACUAGGGACUGGUGCAGGGACAAGGACUGCUCAUCGGGCACGGUCCUUCCACGCGGGAAGAGAAAGAAUUUCAUCAGGGUCAAGGUCAACAUGAAAGAAAUCGAACCACCCCCUGAAGGGAAUGAAGUGAAGCGAUGGAAACCCACGCGCAUUUUUAAAACAAGGCCGACCGGGUAUGUAAAACCGGCCGAGGUCGAAGGUCACAACUGCGAGGCAUGCACGAUGAACUGUGUCGCCGUCAAGGACGCUGACGUCCUGCCUAAACCCAUUUCGAAAGAGCCAGAAACUUGCGAGAAAAAGUGGGUCAUGCCGCCCGCCGUCUUGCCCGAACCAGCCGAACCCGAUAUACCCAAGGUGAGGAUAUUCCCUGAUAAACCGGACCUACCUACUAAGAUCGAAGAUCAAGUACCGUCAGAAAAAUGUUACAACUUGCCUGAACAGGUGCCGGACGUGAUCGAAAACGGUUUCGUCAAUUUUAGUAAAACCAAGCCUAAUAUGCAGAGCGACAAGUGCCAGAACUCGACGGGGUGCCAGGAGAAGAAGUCGUGUCCGCCUUCUCCCAUGAUGUCCGGGUCGUACGAAGACUGUAGCUGCUGCAAAUGCAACUGCAAGCAAGAAAGCGCGGCGCAGCAGAGUUACUCCCAGCAAGAGCCUGAAUACUCACAGGGCCAGCAGACCAUCACAGGCUGCCAGUCGAGCCAAGAGUCCUGUUGCACCCAGGGUUGCUCGCCCAAGGAGAACAACUGCGCCCAGAGGUCAAAUUUAGUCCUCGCUUUGGAAAAAGGCCGUUGCGAGAUAGAAAGGGCCGCCCAGAAGACCCAAUGCGAGUUGGACGCUUUGGCGAAGAACCUGGCUUAUCAGAAAGACAAAGCGAUAGCCGCUUUGGAGUACAACAAGCAAAGAGCGAUACAAGGCGCGCAGUGCAACGUGAAAUCCAUCGAGGAUAACAUAAAAUACCAAAAGGAGGUAGCGCACAUCGCGAUAAACAACGCCGUCAAGGCGGCCAAGGUCAACGUGGAAAACCUGGAAGAGACUCUCAGGCACAAGAAGGACCUCUUCGCCAACACUCUCAAGUAUCAGAAAGACAAGGCACUCCACACUGCUCUGACGAACGUCAAAGAAAUCGAGACUCAACUGAAGUACCAGAAGGACAAGGCGGCCAAUACGAUCGCGCAAGCGGUCGAAUCGACCAAGUACCACGUCAACGAGAUCGGCAAAAACGUUCAGUAUCAGAAGGACAAGGCGGCCGUCAACCUGAACAACAUAUUCACGAACGCCAAGUGCCAGAUAAACCACCUAGAAGAAAACAUCAAACACAAGAAGGACCUCGUAGCCAAUAACGUCAAGUAUCACGCCGGCAAGGCGUUACAGACCACAAAGUGCACUGUCGACAAUAUAGAACAAAGUAUCAAGCACAAAAAAGACCUGGUCACCUCACACAUUAAGUACCACACGGAUAAGACGGUUCAGAACGCCAAGUGUACUAUGAACGCGAUUGAUCAGAACAUCCAGUACCACAAGGACAGGACCAACGUAGCCGUCAACAACAUAAAGAAUGAGGUCAAAGGCAUGAAAUGCCGUGUCAAUCAAGCGGCCCAGUCCACAGUGGCCAACAUCAACUACAAGGUCAAGGCAGGAGUGGCCGAACAGACCUACAGGGUGCAGUACGCGGUCGCCAAACUCAAUUGGCUUCUCAAAUGGCAGAUGACUAAGGCCAAGUACCACAAGGACAAGAUAGCCGUCGGGGUCCACAAUAUGGGCGAGAGGGUGAAGAAAGAAGUUGGAGAACUGGUUGACUUUAUCCAAAAGUGCCUCAGGUUGAAGUGACCGGUCUAUUAGCCUAAUAUGUAAAUGUUUUCCACCUUGGCCGACGAAUGAGAGAAAAAAUGGCAGAGUGUAUAACAAACAAAUAAAUAAAACAUUUAUAAAAACA